AUGUCUACAUCUGACUCUUCCCGUUCUACUACCUCACGGAACUUGCAUCUCCUGCAGUUCACCGGUCCUCGAGGUGGUUGUGACCAACACUGGGCUUUCUUUGUUCCAAGCGUCGACGGUAGCCCAGAGGGCAAAAUUGUCCAUAUUAGAGUCAAUAAGGACACCAGGCAGAGAGUCGUCAAUUGUACUGUCCAUCUUGAAAGCUUUACUCCUACAAGAACCCGGUCUAGAUUCCGAGCUUUCGUCGUCCCGGGUGCUGUCGUAUUAGCAUCGAGAUUGAAACGAGCUGGGGACGAAGUCCAUGCUGCUUUCUUUUCUGGCAACUCACGCUCACACCCCGGUGAUCCUACAUAUCAUAUGGUUGCCAACAACUGUCAGCAUUUUUGCUACUUGGUUCUGAAGAACCUGAACUGGAAUCUCCCCGAUCAGGUUCCUGGUCAUGCAAUCGACUACCUCGAGUCCGAGUCAACGCCACUGCUCGCUGUCAGGCAGAUUUUGGAUACUCUUCGACGUCAGCAGGAUCCAUUUCCAAGGCCCGUCUUUGAAGCUGAUGGCAGAUGGUGGCGAUAUAACCCCAUGCGUCAGCAAAGAGAGUAUUGGGAUGAGAGGAACCGCUCCUGGCUUGUUCCCGCAGCAACUCCAAGGGCAUCUUACACUCGAAUGUCUAUUAGUUAG